AUGAUGAGCAACAACGAAGAACUUGACAGUCAUUCUAGUACCAUCACAAAUGUGGCAACUACUCCUACAAUAGUAGUUUCUCCUAAAGUAGCACCUUUGCUCACUCCUGGAGGAACAAAAGAAUGGCUUCCAAUAUUCCCCAAUAAGUUGAAACCAGCUAUAGGGAUGAAGUUUAAUAAUCUUGAAGAGGGCCUUGAAUUUUAUAAAAGAUAUGCGUUUGUUGCUGGAUUCAACACAAGAAAGUCUACAACUAAAAGGCAAAGAAGAAGCAAAGAAUUGAAAUCACAGUAUAUCUUAUGCAAUAAAGAAGGAUACAAAGAGAAAAGAAAGCCUACUGUUGAAAAAGAUUUAAAUAACAACGAAGGAGAAAGCAAUGAAGAAAAAACUUCAAUCAAAAGGAAGAGACUCGUUACUCGUGUUGGGUGCAAGGCACAUAUUGUCAUAAAGCAUUGUGAUGAUAACAAAUUCAUAGUGUCACAAUUUCAUGAGGGACAUACUCAUCCACUUUAUACACCUAGUUGUAAUCUCUUCCAAAAAGAAGGAAGAAAAAUGAACAUAUUGCACAAAAAAAUAAUUGUGGAUAAUUCUAAGGUGAAUAUUGGUCCUGUUACAACUUUUCGAAUGAUGAAGGAAAUUGUUGGAGGAUAUGAUAACAUCGGUGCAUCUAAGCAAGAUUUCAAAAAAAUUCAUAGAGAUUUGAAAGCAUACAUUCAAGGAAGUGAUGCUCAAAUGUUCGUGGAUAACUUUACCAACAAAAAGCUAAUGUGGAGCGCUUUUUUCUUUGAUUUUGAGAUGGAUGAAGAUUAUUGCCUUUGUAGAGCAUUAUGGGAUGACCCCCUUUGUAAAAAGAGUUACGCUCUAUUUGGUGAUAUGGUAUCCUUUGAUACCACAUACCAAACCAAUAGGUACAACAUGGUGUUUACUCCAUUUAUAGGGGUUGACCAUCAUAAGAGCUGCAUUACUUUUGCUGCUGGUUUCAUAGCAAAGGAAGAUAUAGUGUCAUUUGAGUGGUUGUUCAGAUCAUUUCUCAAGGCAAUGGGUGGAAAUGAACCGAAUUGUAUGAUUACAGAUCAAGAUCCAGCAAUGAAAAUUGCUGUUAAAAGUGUGUUUAACAAGACUGAACAUCGCUUCUGUAUGUGGCACAUAAUGAAAAAGUUACCAGAUAAGGUGGAGAAAUCAAUCAUGCAAGAAGAAACUGGUUUCCUAAAAAAAUUAUGUGCUUGUGUUUGGCAUCUUGAAAUUGAACCUGUUGAGUUUGAAGAAAGGUGGAACAAGGUGUUGGUUGAAUACCACUUGGAAGAACAUGAGUGGUUAGGUUAUAUGUACAAGAUAAGGAACAAUUGGAUUCCGGCGUAUUUCAGAGAUAAAGAAAAUGGAUUGGAAGUUGCAAAAGUAAGUGAAGGAAAUUGGAUUAGAACAUUUGAUGUUGUGUUUAAUCCAACUAACUAUGACACCACAUGUUCUUGCAAGCUAUUUUAUAGACAAGGAAUUCCAUGUAGACAUAUGAUUUGGGUUUGGAAAUCAAAAAGGUUUGAAACCAUUCCUGAGCAGUAUAUGCUACACAGAUGGACUACUAUGGCACUGAAAAAACCAAUUUUUGACUUGGGUGGAAACCUAUUGGAGCAAUGUGCUAAUUUAAUUGACAAGAAAAAAUUGUUAAAUGAUUUAUGGUCAGAGAAACACACUUGUGUAAGUUUGGCAGAAGGCAAUGAUGUAGAUAUUCAAGAUCUUGUGAUAAAUCUUCAAGGAAUAAGAAAGGAUUUGGAGCUAAGAGGAUUGCAAGGAAUAAUGAAACAACAGGAAGUGCAAACAACAAAGGACAAGACAUUGAGCUAUUGA